UAUUCUCGGCCUGAACAAAAAGAUUUGUUGCCGUCCAAGCCCGUUGGAGACUUCUCUUCGCCGACCGAGUACCGGUUGAUGAUACGAUUCUUAUAGUAAUAUCGCUACUUCUAUGUACACGCAUUGUGUUAUCCUUUCGCGGUUCCAUGUAGCGCCGCUCUGGUGCACAAGUAGCGUGCAAAAGUCUCCACUGCGUCAUACCACCACCCCGGACUUCCCCGUCACCUCCCCGCUCUUGAUGAAUCUUUUGAUAUCAACACCCCUUUGACAAUCUGCGCUCCGCGCCCAGUACUGCAAUACCACUGCGUAUACUGCGUGAACAUCGAGAAAAUGGCAGCGCCUCUGCUAGCUGUCUUUGGCCAGACCCCGCCACUGGCGACACACGAGGCGCUAUCCGGUGUCUUUGGAUCAAUAUCGUUGGCAGCAUGGAUAUUUCUCCUGGUCCCCCAAGUAAUCGAAAACUACAAACAACACUCCGCCGACGGCAUCUCCCUCGCCUUCCUCACCGUCUGGUUUAUCGGCGACAUCACCAACCUCCUCGGCGCCAUCUGGGCCGGCCUGGUCCCCACCGUCAUCGCCCUAGCCGUCUACUUCUGCUUCGCCGAUCUUGUCCUCAUAACCCAAUGUCUCUACUACAACUGGAUCAAUGCGAGGAAAGCUUCUGGCCGCGGCGGACACAGGAAACGAAAUAGCUCGGCUGCUGUUGGCGCGGCGGGUGGCCAUGGUGGAGUAGCCGUAGAUGCCGAACAGCAACCCCUUCUCGCCAGGAGAGAUAGCAGCAAUUUAGGCCUCCCGGGAUCACAUCGUCGCAAGUCCUCUACCGCAUCGCGCAUGCGCCGGCGAGCAAGCUCCCUCCCCAGCAUAGGCGAGGAUGUCGAGACCUCCAGCGAGUGGGUCAAGAACACUCUCAGCAUAAUGGGGGUCUGCGUGGUCGGCGCUGCAGGCUGGGCCAUUGCAUGGCGGACGGGGGUGUGGAGGCCUACACCAGAAGCCGUGCCCGGAGGCGAAGACGCGAGGGAUACGCCGCUUGGGGCGGAGGUGUUGGGGUAUGCGAGCGCGCUGUGUUAUUUGGGCGCGAGGAUACCGCAGAUUAUUAAGAAUCAGCGGGAUCGGAGUUGCGAGGGCUUGAGUUUGUUGUUUUUCAUGCUCAGCUUGUUGGGCAAUGCUACGUACGGGGCAGGGAUUCUCUUCCACUCCAUCGAAAAAGAAUACUUCCUCACCAACCUCCCCUGGCUCAUCGGCUCCCUGGGCACCAUCGCGGAGGACAUCACCAUUUUCAUCCAAUUCCGCAUCUUCGGCGACGCUGAGCAGACCGCAGCGAUCCAGUAAUCACACCUCAUCACUUCUCCAGAUCUUACAGAGCGAAAAUUAAGCCGCAUAUCCCACAUCUGCUUCAGCGUAUCCGUAGGUGCACGAACCCAGAUCAAUUGGGAACCGAACAUCC